AUGAGUUCAUCAACAGUCACUGGAUCCUCAGCAGCAGCAACAGCCAUCUCAGGUGCAACAGCUGCAAUUAUCACAGGCACAGCUAACCCACUUGUCUGCGUUGAUACAAUUGAAACGUAUCCAAUUCAAAAAUUACUCAAAUCUCAUUCACAUCAUGCAAAUGGAUCAAAAUAUCAAGUGAAUUCAGCCGAUUCGAAAUGUCUUGAAAACAAAUUAUCUUAUCAAAUUCCAACAUGUUUUGGUGCAAUUAAAGUCAAAUCAAGUCAAGUUAAAAGAGCUGAAAGAAGUUCACAAGUAAAAGCAAGUCAAUGUUCAUCCGGUUCACACUCAGUUCACAAAUCAACUCUUCUGUAA